AUGAUCAUACCCGUUCGUUGUUUCACCUGUGGAAAGGUCAUUGGAAACAAAUGGGAUCCCUAUCUGGACCUUCUGCAGGCAGAUUACAGUGAAGGAGAUGCAUUGGAUGCUCUGGGGCUGGUUCGUUAUUGUUGUAGGCGCAUGCUUAUGACCCAUGUUGACCUCAUUGAGAAGCUACUGAACUACAAUACUCUGGACAAGUCUGAUCCCAGUUAAGAAGGCUUAAGGAAUUACAGAUGAACAAGAUCUGGCCAUGUGUUAAUGUCUUCUUCUUCUUUUUUCCCCUUUACCUUCUUCAAAUUGUUUUGCAACAAGCAGGUCUAGUUUGUAUGGUGGUUCAGAUCAAUUGUACUUGUUGUCCGUUCUUGAGAGGGGCUAUGAUAAGGUGAAGCUUAUGUUAAUUUCUUAAUUUUAGUCAGUGUGAUACAGAGCUGUCUUUUGAUAUUAUUGUAUCAUACAAUGAUCUGAAAAACCAAACUUCAGAAGACUUCUGACAUGUAGUUAUAAAAAAACUGAUUAUUUAUGAAUGUCAAAUGUGAUACUAAUGCAUGUUGUAA